AUGGGUGCCGAGCGGAGAGCUCCUAUCAAGGAGCAGCUGGCCGACCAGCUCCCCAAGCGCUUUAGGGCCUUGCAGUUCGGAGUCCAGUCACACCAGGAUAUAGUAAAUCAGGGUGUUCUCGAAGUCUCCGAUAACCUUCUCUACGACGUCGAAAACGGCCGCCGCACUUUCCCCCACGGCCCCCUCGAUCCUCGCCUCGGUACCUCGAGUAAGACCGGCACCUGCGAGACCUGCAACCUCCCUCUCCAGUCCUGCGCUGGUCACUUCGGUCACGUCCGCCUACCGCUUCCCGUCUUCCACAUUGGUUAUCUCAAGUACAUCCAGGCCACACUCCAGAACAUCUGCAAGACCUGCUCCAAGGUUCUGCUUGAAGAGGAACCCAAGGCCAAGUUCCUCAAGGCUCUCCGUGCCCCUGGCAUCGACAACCUCAAGCGAUCAGCCAUCCUUAAGAAGAUCAACGAUGAAUGCCGCAAGCAAAAGACGUGCCCCUACUGCGGCGACACUCAGGGUGUUAUCCGCAAGUUGAGCGUAAUGAAGCUCACCCACGACAAGUUCUCCCACUUCAACAAGUCGACCGCCCAGAAAAAGGUCCCGCCCGUAGCCAAGGCCGCCUUCGAUUCCUCCUUCAUUCAGGCAAAGACAUUCACUCCGGAUCUUGAGAAGCACUCCAAGAAAGCUAUGGACGACAUGGACCCUCUCAAGGUCUUGAAACUGUUCAAGAAGAUCACGGCCGAGGACUGCGAGUUGCUCGGAUUGAACCCUUCCGAGGGCAGACCCGAGAUGUUCUUGUGGCAAUAUCUUCCCGCUCCUCCCAUCUGCAUUCGCCCGUCGGUCCAGCAAGAAGCCGCUAGUAACGAAGAUGACAUCACGAGUAAGCUGUCCGAAAUCAUUCUUUACGCCGGCCAUCUGCGAGAAUCGCUCCUCAAGGGCGCCGCCCUCAACACCAUCAUGGAACAGUGGGAGUUCAUCCAGCUUCAGGUGGGUAUGUACGUCAACAGUGACGUUCCCGGCCUGUACCAGCCAGGAUUUGGUAAGCCCAUUCGUGGCUUCUGCCAGCGUCUAAAGGGCAAGCAGGGUCGUUUCCGUGGUAACCUGUCGGGUAAGCGUGUCGACUUCUCCGGCCGCACAGUCAUUUCACCCGAUCCCAACUUGGGAAUUGAUCAGGUCGCUGUUCCUGAGCGCGUGGCCAAGAACCUGACAUAUCCCGAGCGGGUAAACCGCAACAACAUCGAAAAGUUGCGAAAAUGCGUCAUGAAUGGACCCAAAGUCUGGCCUGGUGCUCAGGGUGUCAUCAAGCGGGACGGCGGCAUGAAGUUCAACCUAAACUUCGGUGACGAGUCUAUCCGGGAGGAACGUGCGCGGGAACUCAAGUUUGGCGACGUUGUUGAGAGACAUUUGGAAGAUGGCGACAUUGUGCUAUUCAACCGUCAGCCCUCGCUACACAAGUUGUCUAUCAUGAGCCAUCGUGCAAAGGUUAGACCCUGGAGGACGUUCCGUCUCAACGAAUGUGUGUGCACGCCCUACAACGCCGAUUUCGAUGGAGACGAAAUGAACCUUCAUCUUCCGCAAACAGAAGAGGCUCGCGCCGAAGCCAUCAACCUCAUGGGUGAUUUCAUUACCGCAGCGUACUUGCUCAGUAGCAAAGAUUUGUUCCUCGACCGCAAGACCUUUACCUACAUCUGCACGCAAAUGUUGCUGGGCGAAACCCAUCUCGACCUUCCGCCGCCCACCAUCAUCAAGCCCGUCGAGAUGUGGACGGGUAAGCAAAUCUUCAACGUUCUGAUGCGCCCUAACAAGCAAUCACCGGUCCUUGUCAACCUGGAGGCCAAGAACAAGGUUUACAAGGCGAAGCCUGGUGAGCUCCCAGAUAUGGACAUUGACGACUGCUACUUGGUUAAGAACUCGGUGUUCUACGUCAUCCUCCGUGAUUGGGGUCCGGAACACGCUGCGCAGGCCAUGAACCGCCUGGCCAAGUUGUGUGCUCGCACACUGACCCUCCGCGGUUUCUCGAUCGGUGUUGGCGAUGUCUAUCCGUCCAAGGACUUGACGGAGCACAAGGCCAAGCUGGUUGCGGAUGCGUAUGCACUCUGCGACGACCUUAUCGCCCAGUUCAAGAGCGGAAGGCUUGAAAAGGCUCCCGGUUGUAACAUGGAGGAGACGCUCGAGAACAAGAUCUCCGGCAUUCUCAGUAAAGUCCGUUCGCAGGCCGGUGACUACUGUGUCGGUCAUUUGAGUCGCAACAAUUCUCCCUUGAUCAUGGCCAAGUCCGGUUCCAAAGGUUCCGAUAUCAAUGUCGCCCAGAUGGUUGCCCUUGUCGGACAGCAGAUUAUUGGUGGCAAGCGUGUCGCGGAUGGUUUCCAAGAUCGUACGCUCUUCCACUUCCACAAGAACGCUCGUCAGCCCCCCAGUAAGGGUUUCGUGCGCAACAGUUUCUACACCGGUCUGGUUCCCACCGAGUUCCUUUUCCACGCCAUCUCUGGUAGAGAAGGUCUGGUCGAUACUGCCGUCAAGACGGCCGAAACGGGUUACAUGUCUCGUCGUCUCAUGAAGUCAUUGGAGGAUCUCUCGACCCAGUACGAUGAUACCGUGCGGACGUCAGAAGGAAACAUUGUGCAGUUCCAGUACGGUGCCGACAGGCUGGAUCCCGCAGACAUGGAGGGUAACGCCAAGCCUGUUGAUUUCGAGAGGUCAUGGAAUCAUGCCGAAAGCUUGACUAUGAACCACAAUGAGAGGUCGCUGCUUCCGGCAGAGAUCUCGGCCAUGUGCAGGGAGAUUCUGGACGAGAGACGAAAAUCGUACGUGCGCAAGCACCUUGUCACGGGCGAGUUGCUGCACUACGCGGACAAGACGAUUGCGGAAAGCAACGACCACGAUGUUUUCAUUGCGAUCGAUGAGCACGAGGGUGCCAGAGUCUAUCUCAAUACCAUCCAGGCUGAGAUGGACAAGCGUGCGCUCAAGCUGGCGAAAGCACGCAGGCUCGCCGGCUUGGAUCCCUGCCUGGACCAAAACAACGCUGACCUGCUGAAGGAAUUCGCUGCAUGGGAGAAGAAGCAGAAUGGCGGCGAUAUCAAGAUGCUAGAUCCGGAAGAGGAGGAGAUCCAGCAAGCCCAUGUGGAUCGUGUCGCCAAGGUUUCGGAGGCCACCCUGAGAAAGUUCAUGAACCUCUGUCUUUCCAAGUUCGACAAGGCAAAGGUCGAGCCCGGUCACGCCGUCGGCGCCGUCGGCGCCCAGUCUAUUGGUGAACCCGGUACCCAGAUGACACUAAAGACUUUCCAUUUCGCCGGUGUCGCCGGUAUGAGUAUCACUCAGGGUGUUCCCCGUAUCAAGGAAAUUAUUGGCGCCUCGAAGCUCAUCAGCACGCCCGUCAUCAGCUGCGAGCUCGAGAACAACGUAGACAUCAAGGCCGCGCGCAUCGUCAAGGGUAAGAUCGAGAAGACUUUUAUUUCCGAUGUUAUCCAAUACGUUGAGGAUGUCUGGCUUCCCGAUGUCGCCAAGAUCGUUCUCAAGAUCGACAUGCAGGCUCUUUCAGACAUGCAGCUCGGCAUCGGUCUUCGUGAGAUCAUGGUCGCCAUCGUCAAGGCCAAGAAGCUCAAACUCAAGGUGGAGAUGGACGACCUGAAGAUCGGCCCUGACAACACCAUUGAGGCAGCGAGAGUUCGUGCCGCCGCCAUCGAGAAGGGCCAGUUGCUCCUCACUACGUCGGACGAGACCGCCGCCGACUUCCAGCUGCGCGUCAACUUCCUCAAGCGCAUGCUCCCCGCCGUGCCCAUCUCCGGCUACCCCGAGGCCUUCCGUGCCAUCAUCCAAUCCAGCGAGUCAAAUGAGCACAAGGUCCUGGUUGAAGGCUACGGCCUGCGCGCCUGCAUGACCACCGAGGGCGUCAUCGGAACCAAGUGCAUUUCUAACUCCAUCAUGGAGUGCCGCGACGUACUAGGCAUCGAAGCCGCGCGUACCACCAUCGCCAAGGAAAUCGGCUCCGUCAUGGGCGACAUGGGCAUCGAUCCCCGUCACAUGGACUUGCUGGCCGACGUCAUGACCUACAAGGGCGAGAUUCUCGGUAUCACACGCCACGGUCUCGCCAAGAUGCGCGACAGUGUGCUGCAGCUGGCCUCGUUCGAGCGCACGCCCGAUCACUUGUUCGAUGCGGCGGCCGGCAUGAAGACGGAUCGCAUCCUCGGUGUGUCGGAGUGUAUCAUCAUGGGCCAGACCAUGAAGAUCGGUACGGGCGCGUUCCAAGUUGUUCGCAGGUUGGGUAUCAGGGAUCAUCAGGUCAGACCCAAGAAGUCCAUGUUCGAGGAGGUGUGGAAGAAGGAUGAGGCCGAGAAGAGGAAGGCCAAGAUGGAGAUGAGGAAGGUUGCGGCGGGGCGUAUGGGGGAAAAGAUUGAUGGCAUGAUGCCGGCAGCGCCCAUGGUGGCUGUCGCCUAA